UGAAGUAAUAGUUUGUUUUGUUUACUUUAACGUUCGAGUUGCGUAAUUUUACAACGUGCAGUGUUUCUUCAUUCUUUUAUUUGAAAUUUAUUUUCUAAGAAUGGGAAAACCUAAAAAGGAAGUUAAAAAUGUUGCUUGGGAUAGGAAGAAAAAUGCCAUCCUUCGAGAAUAUAGAAAAAUGCAUAAGGGCAAAAAAGGCAUAUCUCUCAAUCCAAACCACAAUCAAGGGAAUACUAAUGAUAACAAAACUUUUUUCAAAAGAGCUAUGCAUGAAUACGAAAGAAGGAAAGCAAUUAAAGAGGAACGUAAAUUGAUGAAAGAAGCAAAGAAGAAAGAAAGAGAAGAAGCUUUGAGAAAAUAUACAGAGAAAAAGAGAGAAAAUUUCAAGAAGCUUUCUCAAAAGACAAAAUGGGGCCAACCUGUCAUGAGAGGAAGAAUGGAGAUUCUUUUAGAGAAAAUUCAGAAAUCUGUAGCUAAUGAUGCAGUAAAAUAGUUUUUGAAAUGUC